GAAGAAACCGGCCGGACCAUCAUAUCAUAUGCAUUGGGAUGCAUUAUUGAAACAAAAGUACUCCCUCCAAUGCAUGGCAAUGCAUUGGCUAGAGAUAUAGGUGAUGAUCGAGCUAAAGUAAAGUACCUCUUGGCCGGGCUGUUCUCCUGGCGCCUCUCGGAGGCGGAGGCUGUUGCAGUUGCUGGCGAUGGCAGAGCUCGCGUCUGGCGCCGUGAGCUCGCUGCUGGGCGUCCUCCGAAACGAGGCGCUGCUGCUGGGGCGCGUCGGGAACGACGUGGAAUUCAUCAAGGAGGAGAUGGAGAGCAUGCACAGCUUCCUGGAGCACCUGGCCAGGACGGCUCCGCCCGUCGGCGGCGGCGGGCACGACGAGCAGGUGCGCACCUGGAUGAAGCAGGUCCGGGAGCUCGCCCACGACUGCAGCAACUGCAUCGACAUCUACCUCCAGCAUGGCGACCCCGCGGUCUACCGUGCCAGGCGCGGCCGCUGCCGCUGCCUCUGGUGGGCUUCCUGGCUUGUGCACAGGGUGGUCGCCCAGCACCACGCCGCCACCCGCCUCCGCGAGCUCAAGGAGAGGGCGCGCGACGUCGGCGAGCGCCGGAUAAGGUACGGCGUGGUGGUCCACGAUAAGGCGCCCUUAGCGGCGCCAUCGUCGUCGCCGCCUGAUCAAGCAGCUGACACAGAAGAAGAGGACGACGACGACGACGAUCGUAACCAGAUGGCAGCUGCGGCUGCCGAUAGUUGUGAUGACCACCGUCGCAGAUUGCUAGAGCCUCGCGCUCUAGACGACUACUGCGCCGAGAAGCUCCUUGGUUGGCUCAAGCUGCAAGCUGAAACCGGCCGCGCAGCCGCAGCGGGGCUGAUGCCGUCCAUCGCCAUUGUUGCACAGGGAGGUGCAGACAACGCUGGCGCCAUUGCACGUCAGUCUUUGGAUUUGGCGGCCGUCCAUUUCGACCGGCGGGUCUGGAUCAACCUCAGGGAUGUUCACCACCCAUGGGAUCUUCCUCUCCUACCUGAGGAGAUCCUCUGCUACAUCCUGCAUCGUUGCCAGCACCAAGGCACAUCUGAUCAUGUAGGCGGCGAGUAUGGCCGAUGGCAAGCUUACUCCUACAGAAGCGAUGUAUACAACGAAAUCCAUACGACGAUUGCACAAAUGAAGGUCGACGACAAGAUUGAAGAAAUCAAGGGCAAGAUUGAACAACUCGAGAGCGGGAAGAGCAACAAUUUAGAAAAAAAUAAGAGCUCCAAGACCCUGAAUCCUAUCACCCUUUCUGAUAAACCCUUGGGCAUACUCGUCGAAGCGCUACGGUUCGCGCCAAUGGCGCCAGAGUGUAAGCCAUUAUCAUCUGAUGAGGAGAUUAUGCAGGAGGCGGUCGAGAUGCUCAAAGAACAUAUGGAAGCUCCUGCAGGCAAGGCUGCUGAGCCCCUGAUUCGUCUGGAUAAUACCCAAUAUGAGCUCAUCCUGCAGAAGAUGUUCCCCCCCGCAUCCACCAAACCUCCUCCACAGUCUGAACAAGCCGCCGCUUCUACAUUGGGUGAGGAUCACAUCAGGGAGAUAGUCCACAACCACAAGAUUACACUAGAAAUCAUACGGGAGCUUCUUCUUCCCAUGCGCCACCUGUUGGAUGGCAACUCUGUCAAGGAACAAACCACAUGUGUCACCAAAGGUGAAGGCGCUAACUCUGUUGCGGCUGCAAACGAAGAAGCCAAGGAGAAGAUGGUGGAUGAGGAUGAGAAUAAGACGCGUCUAUUGAUGGAAGGCAUCACACAGGAUCUGCUCUCCAAGUCGUCCAAGCUCCAGCUGUUACAAGGCAACUAUGUCGAAGAACAAACCAAGCAGCUGGGCAUGGGCGGUCAUGAUAAAAUAUCUAAUAACGCUGUUGUUGAUGCUAUCAAGGGAACCAAGGAUAAGAUGUAUGAGAUGUCAUUGGAGAUUAAGGACCAGCUGUUUAUCAAAGGGAUAGUUGACAAGAUUAAGGAUCAUUUGGAUAAUAAGAAGGCUGUGAUUGUUCUCCAAGAUGAAGAAGAGUAUGUAUCCCAGUGGGAGAAGACUAGAAAUGCUUUGAGUUUGUUGGGUUGUGCCACAGGUAGUGCAGUGAUCGUGGCAACAAAGAAUAAUCAGAGGGCCAAGGAAUUUUGUUUUCCGCCUGGGGAGCCUGUAACCUAUUCACUUGUUGGCCUCUACCAUGAUAGAGUGCUCAAGCUUACAAACCAGCGGGAGAAUCAAGAUGACUACAAUCGUCAGAUUCUCCGGGACAUCUUGGACAAGUGUGAUCCACAAGAAUUCUCCAUGAAGAUGUUCAUGCAUGCUCUAUAUGCUAAUCCAAACAGGAGCAAUGAAGAACUGUGUAAGUUGCAUGAAGCCUUGCAGGUUCCCCAAAACUCAUUGGCCACUAGUAACGCUAAGAAGAUAUUCAAAUUCUCCUACAGAGAUCUACCAAGAGAGCAUAGGACCUGCUUGCUAUACCUAGCUAUCUUUCCCCCAGGUCACAAAAUCAGACGAUCAACUAUAAUAGCACGAUGGCUUACAGAAGGGCUGAUAACCAAGGAAGAUUGGCCGACAGCAGUUCGUCAUGCCGAGAGAUGUUUUGAUGCUCUCAUCAACCGGUGGCUUGUUUGGCCUAGCGAUAUUGGUGCUGCAGGAAAAGUCAAGAGUUGUAUGGUAUGUGAUCCAAUUCAUGGGUUUAUAACCAAGAUGGCCAAGAAACAACACAUUUUGGAUGCACGCCUUUCAGAUCUUUGGGCUCGCCACUUCUCCAUCUUCAGUGGUCUUCGACUCCGCGCAUCUGAUGGCAUCGACAAGUUCGUGCACAAGCUUCCUAAGUAUUCACCUCAACUGGCACUGCUCAAGGUACUAGAUUUGGAGAACUGUCAAUGCUUUAAUAAGAAUCACUACCUCAAGGACAUAUGCAACAAAAUAUUACUUCUCAAGUAUCUGAGCGUAAGGGGAACAAAUGUUACCCAUCUGCCUAGUGAAAUCAACAACCUCCACGAGCUUGAGGUAUUGGAUAUCCAGCAAACCAAGAUGCCUGAGCAUACAACAAGAGAUGUCAUGCUCCUAAAGCUGAGGCGUCUUCUUGCUGGUCAUGUUAACCAGAGGCAUAGUCAUGACAUGGGCAUGCCCAUUGGGGAUGAGAUGUCAUUAUAUUCCAGUGUCCGGAUCCCUCGCAAGAUUGAAAAGAUGGAAAACAUAGAGGUACUAUCCAAUGUCAAGGCUUCAUGGGAUGGAAAUGAGCUAAAAAACAUUAGAAAGCUAUGGCGGCUAAGGAAGUUCGGUGUGGUCAUCCACGACAAGGAUUCUCACCUUGAUAAAUUGCUUCGAGCAAUUAGUGACUUGAAAGAGUGCCUCCAGUCUCUUUCCAUCACUGUAUAUGAAACCAAAAGUGAAGGCAUUUCCCCUAACAAACAGUUACUACUACCUGAAAUGUUCGGUCGCUUGGUACAACCACCUAAGCUUCUUGAGAGUCUAAGCAUCAAUGGACUUACACAUAGGGUGCGACUUCUUCCAUUGUUGGCCAGAGGUAGUAAUGAACUUGCCAAGGUAACUUUGAGCGGCACUGAACUGAAACAGAACGAUCUGAUGGUCAUGGCUGUACUGCCCAACUUGUGCUGUGUUAGGUUCCAACACAAGGCAUACACUGAGAGAACGCUCACAUUCAAGGUGGAUGAAUUCCAACAUCUGAAGUAUUUUCUUGUUGAGGGAGUCAACAUGACAGACAUUAUCUUUGAAAAUGGAGCAGCUCCUGAGCUUGAGCAUAUCAUCUUGUCCUUCACCAACAUAUGCUCUCUUUGUGGCAUUGGCUGCCUUCCAAAAUUGAUGGAGCUCCAGCUCAAGGGAAACAACUCCAUCCUUUCAUUACCUCAAGACAGAAUAGCUCCUGAUAUGAACUCUGAGAGUAGGUUAUUAACCUUCAAGAAGGGUGAAUUUGAACAACUCAAGAACUUCGUUGUUGAAGGCCCCAACAUGACCGACAUCAUCUUUGAAAAAGAAGCAGCUCCUAAGCUUCAGAAGAUUGUUUUGUCCUUGACCAAUGUAAACUCUCUUAGUGGGGUUGAAGGCCUUCCAAAAUUGAAGGAGAUUGAGUUGAAGGGCCACAAGUUCCUUCUUUCAUUCUUUGCCAAUGCCAAUCAGAUUACCAAAGUGACUCUUUGUGAUACCUUACUGAAGCAAGAGGACAUGCAUAUCCUCGCAAAUAAACCAAACAUGGGCAGCAUAGUGCUGUUGGACAAGUCUUACGAUGAAAGCCAGCUUGCCUUUAACAAGGAUGAGUUCCCAAAGCUCAACCUUCUUAUCGUUGAGUGCUCUACAAUAAUCAACAUCAGCUUCGCCGAUGGAUCUGCUCCUAAGCUCGAGAAGAUCGUGUGGCACUUCAGUAGGAAGGAUUUUUGUUUACUCUCCGGCAUCGCCAACCUCCCAGAAUUCAAGGAGCUCGAGUUCAACGGUGAUUUUGUCCCUGACAAGGUGAGAAAAGCCAUUAAUGCGCAUAAAAGGAAGCCUAUUCUUACACACAAGAAGCCACAGCAUCACGGGCCAGCACCAAAAGAGGAAGACGAGACAAGGUUUCCAUGGAUCUCCAACUUGUUCUCGAAAAAGCAAGAGGAUCGGCGCUAGCUGAUCUGAUCGAGGAAAAGGACUGCGACGCUCAGCAUCAAAAAGUCCAAGAGGUUCAUCGGGUAGCCAGGUUGCUAGCUCGCUGACCUUUUGAGCUUUUCCAAUGGCCCAUUCAAUUGGGAGCUAAGCAAGCUAGCUAGCUGCAGCAAUUUUCUUUAACUAAUUGAUUAAAAUCCGAGAACUUUUACGGUAAUUAUAAAUGAUCUAAUGGUAUGAAUUGAUUUAAUCUAUCACUUAAUUAACUUGCAGUAUAAAAUGUAAGUGGCCCGCGCAAAUGCGCGGCUAGCAG